CAAGCGAGCGCAGCACAAGCACUAGCAGCAGCAGCAGCAGCAGCUCUAGCUUGCACGUGCACAAGCAGCUCGCUCGGUCGCGAUGGCAGCUAGAGCGGCGCUCCUCCUGGCCGUGAGCCUGGUCCUGGCCGCCGUGGCGAGCGCGACCUACUGCCCGCCGCCGCCGGCCCCGAAGCCGCCGACGCCGACGCCCAGCGGCGGUGGCCACCACUGCCCCAGGGACGCGCUGAAGCUGGGCGUGUGCGCCAACGUGCUGGGCCUCGUCAAGGGCAAGAUCGGCUCGCCACCGUACCAGCCCUGCUGCUCGCUGCUGGACGGGCUCGUGGACCUGGAGGCCGCCGUCUGCCUCUGCACCGCCAUCAAGGCCAACAUCCUCGGCAUCAACCUCAACCUCCCCAUCGACCUCAGCCUAAUCCUCAACAACUGCGGCAAGAGCUGCCCCAACGACUUCCACUGCGCAUAGAUCGUCCACUGAUCGAUGAUCGUCCUCCUCCUUCGCCGGCGGCCGCGGUCGUCCAUUCUGUCAUUCCGUGGCGAGAUGAUGAUGAUGCUUUGCUUGCUCUGUGGUUGAUCAUCUUGCUGCCAGCUCGAGCUUGUUUGUUUUUAUUCGUUUCGUGAUACAUAUGAUGAGUGGUUUGCACUUGUAUGUACACAACCCCCGGCAACAGUCACAACAUGCAUUGCCUGGGUGAUCAGUUGAUUACUGAUCAUGUUAUUCUUGAUCUGUUUCUAUGGUUUGUCCCGUAAAUGAAGCUGUAAUUUCUUUCUGAUAAAGCUGAGUGUGUGGAAUAAUGGAAUUGAUUUGGACGUGUA